AUGCAUCAAGCGCGACCUAUAGCACGUGUCAGAGGGCAAUUGACGGUCUACGCUGAAGCAAGUACCGAUGGCGAGGCUGCAGACGAAACAUCCCAGCUUGAGGAGCUUCUACGACAGCGAGGCGCACUGCACGCUCAAAUUGCGGAACUCGAGACCGCUUUGGCACUCUCUAAGCCCUGUGCACACAGUCGCACAAGUGCCAGCACAGACAACAAUCAGCCUUCUGCAUCACUCGAAGACCUGGUCCCAGCUUUUGAGCAGUUCGAUGUAGGGCUCAGGAUCGGCUCUGCUAGACAAGCUGUCUCCGAGAGAGACGUCGCUGAUAGGCUGUAUGAACCCGCUACGGAUCCUAUGUCUUUGCUCCUUCCAGAGCAAGACACUAGUCUCAGAUUGGUAACCUUCUCCCUGCAGACACUUGGAUGGUUACAUUGUGCUGUGGACUCGGACAAGUUCUUAAAGGAGCAUGCCGAAUUCUGGCAGGACGCUCAAUUUAGUAUCCCUCCUAGUCGUGAGCGUCGUCCUUGGCUGGCUUUGUACCUUGCAGUACUUGCAGUUGGUAUUCUGUAUCUGGACCCGGAAGAAUGUCCCGAUAUUGUCGAUUUGCCUUCACUUUGCGUACCUCUGGAUCCCACAACCAAUGUCGCAGUCCAUACCUCUCGUAUUUGGUAUGAGGCUGCACUGAAAGAGAUCGAACGAUCAUCAACUCCUGCUUUGCCAGUUGUGCAGGCUCUUUCGGUGCUGACGCUGUGCCAUUCGAACUUCGGAGAACAUAUGAGAGAGUUUCUCCUCACUGCUUAUGCUGCUAGCAUGGCCCGAUGUCUCGACAUGCACAAACUGGGCAGCGAGGCAGCUGUAUCCGCUGAGAUGCGUCGAAGGGCGGAAUGGUCCACUGUAGCUGAGCGCGAGGUUGGCCGACGAUUGUGGUGGUCUUGUGUUAUCCGGGACUGGUAA